UGACGUAAAAAAAUCAGAUUAUAAUGGAAUCUUGGUGCCUCUUGGAGCUGCUCAGUCGCUGGAAUGGUCACUGCUCGGUCGCCGGAGUGGUUGCUGCUUAGUCGCCAGAGUGGUCGCUGGAGAGCUGCCUCUUGGAGCUGUGGUCAGUCGCUUGGUGGUCUGGAAUUUUUGUGGAUCGAUUUAG